CCGCCGCCAUGGGUCACGCCGCCGGUCUCAGAGCUGGCACUCGCUAUGCAUUCUCUCGCGACUUCAGGAAGAAGGGUAUGAUCCCGCUCUCGACAUACCUCAAGCAAUACAAAGUGGGAGAUAUUGUGGAUGUGGUCGCAAACGCUGCGGUCCAGAAGGGCAUGCCCUACAAAGUCUACCACGGCAAGACUGGCGUCGUCUACAACGUCACCAAGUCUGCAGUCGGCGUCAUCCUUUACAGGCAAGUCGGCAACCGCUACAUCGAGAAGCGCAUCAACGUCCGCAUCGAGCACGUCCGUCAUUCGCGCAGCAGAGAGGAGUUCCUUGUCCGUGUCAAGGAGAACGCGGCGAAGAAGCGCAAGGCGAAGGAGGAAGGCACACACAUGCACUUGAAGAGGCAACCAGUUGUGCCUAGAGAGGCUCGGACAGUGAGCACGAAGGACAACAAGCCGGAAAGCAUUGUACCAAUUGCGUAUGAGACGACGAUCUAAGGACGUCUCUGUACUGAGUGGCGUAUGGUGGGAUGGGGCAUGCUGGCAUUUUACGGUGAUGUCUCGGAGGCACGUAGGCCGUCAGUCGCCAUAUAAGCGACUGCUGUAGCCAACAAUGGAAUGCUCGAUUCAUGCCGUAGCUUUCUCUGCAUGCUUGCACUGCGGCAAGCUCAGUUCUUGCUUUCCCAAUUAGGCAGUCAUGCUUCAUCCUAACAGCCAAUCACGUGGCACGGCAAAC